GCUGAAAAAAACAAGAAAAUGUAUCAUUCUAGCAAAUUCUCCCUUCCUCUCGUGUGCUUCUUUUUCCUUGGCUUCGGCACUACCACGGCGACGGCGGCCGCUUGCAGCAACAAACCACUAAUAUUCAACUUCGGAGACUCCAACAGCGACACCGGUGGCACUUCCGUUCUUGCAGGGGUGGAGCUCGAGUUCCCGGAGGGGCGAACAUUCUUUCACGAGCCAACCAGCCGUGCAAGCGAUGGUCGCCUCAUCCUCGACUUUUUAUGCGAGAGUCUGGAGACGAAGUUCUUGACCCCGUAUCUGGAGCUCUUCACUCCGGACUUCUCAAACGGCGUCAACUUCGCCUUGGGCAGUGCCGACUCUCGCCUAGAAAGUGCCAGCCUCAGCCACAAUCCAGUUGCGUACACGCUGGGGAACGAAAUCGCCGAAUUCAGUCGGUUUCGAAACGUCUCCAUUCGCCGCGGCUCUCUUGGUAAUCAAGCAGGCCGUUCAUGCUUAAUUAAUUGAUAAUUAAGGUGAACUCAUGGAUUAAUGUAAUAACUACUUGGGUUUGAAAUUGUUGU